AUGAAAAGAAGAGGAAAUAAUUAAGUUUUUGAAUAAGAUUGUGAUAAAAAAUUACAAAGUCGAAAGUAUUGGAAAGAAGAAGAGGAUAAUAAAUUGCAUGCUGCUGUUUUUAAACACGGUUCAAAUUGGAAGUUGAUUGCAGAGUUUGUUCCAGGUAGAAAUGCAUCCUAAUGUGCAUAAAGAUGGAAAAGAAUAAAACCAAAAGAGGUAAAAAGAUUUAAAUAAGAGUUAGAAUGAAAGAAAUCAAAAAUGGACAGAAGAAGAAGAUAAAGAAGUAUUAAGACUUACAAAAAUUUAUUAAUUUAAUUGGAAAUAAAUAGCUAAUGAGAUACCUAAUAGAACUGGUAGAUAAAUAAGGGAGAGAUAUGUAAACCAUUUAGAUUCUAAUAUUAUAAAAACGCCUUGGACUAAGUAGGAAGAUAAAAAGAUUUGGGAGAUGUAUUAGAAGAUGGGUACAAGAUGGUCAGAUAUGUCAAAGAAAAUGCCAGGAAGACCUGUAAAAAUUAAAUAAAAUUUAGGAAAACAUGAUCAAAAAUAGAUUUUAUUCAUUUAUAAGAAAAUAAUAUGGAAAAGUGUAGAAUCCUUAUUAUAUCGUACCUAGUAAAGUUAGGAUUUUAGAUGAGGAAGGAUUGAAAUAAAGUUAGGGUAUGAAGAAAAUAAGAAAAUUUAAGAAAAUUUAAUAAUCAUUCAAAAUGGAAGAAUAAUUAGAUGAAAUGCCAAAAAAUAUAAAUCAAGAGAACAAAUAAUAAUAAAAGUAACCAGAGUAACAAAGUUAAUCAAUACCAUUUACAUAGUUUUAAACUUAAUAGUCUUAAUAAUAGUAAUAAUAAAUAUAAUUUUCUUAAUCAUAAUUUCCAUCAUUGUAACAUUCUCAAAUAUAAUAAUCAUAAUUCCCAUAAAUAAUAGAUCCAUUUUCAUUUUUUUAGGAUUCUAUAAGGUCAGAUUCAUACAGAAUAAAUUAAUAUCCUGAAGCAUUGAAACAAUUUUAGGAUUUUCAAAAUUGGUUAAAGGAAUCAUUAAUGUCUUCAUCGGAUCCUGAAAUAAAUCGAAUGUAUAAGUUUGAAACACCAAUGAUGAGUUUUUUGUAUAUGAAUCCCAGUUUAAUUCAUUCAAUACAAUAGUAACCAAUAGUAAUGAAAGAAGAGGAGAAUGAGAAAUUGUUUGGAGGUAUAGAAACAUCAUUGCCAGUUUAAAUAAGACCUGAUAUUUUUGAAGAGAUGAAAAGAACAAAUACAGAAUAACAUCAACAAUAAUAGAUUAUAAAUCAUCACUAAAAAUAAUGA